AGGCAUCAACACUUUGCCUUGCCCCCCAGCUCAGGCCAGCUCGUAGGGGGAUAGGUUUUCACUGCAUUGCACAACCACCACCCAACCUGGGGAGUUGUCAAUCACCCUCACCAUCCCUCACCAGGCAGUCUGGAGUGAGGAAGAGACUAGAAAGAGAGACCCAGUGAAGAACCAGGAAUCUGGAAAAGUCUAGACCACAUUCCUCUGAACCGGGCCUGACAAGACACAUCAAAAUGUCUGGACAAAUCCCAGCUCUCCCAGAAUCCUUUGCUCCAGGAAUAGAUGGCGUGUUCUCGGACCGCAUUGGCUUCUACUCUCUGGACUCCAACGUCCCUGGCCUGUCCAAGGUCAUUCUCAACAAACUCAACAUGAAGGAUUAUGGGGAAUACAGGGCAGCUAUUGAAGGAAAUACUAAGGGAGGGGCGUUCCGUAACUACAAGGAGAUGUUCCAGAAAAUGGAGGAGACGUUUCAAUUCUGUGCCAGCUGCAACAAGCUUCCAGAGCACCUGUCAGAGGGCCAGACACUCAAGCGUUGUGUGAAGUGUCUGAAUGUAUACUACUGCACAAAGGAGUGUCAGAAGAAGGACUGGCCCCAGCAUAAGAUGUUCUGUAAGAAGCUGCGUCUAGUGGCAGUUGAUCGGCUGGUGGAGUGGCUUAUGUUUACAGGAGAUCUCCCACUCACCACAGAUAAGUGGUCCCUGCCAGCAGCAGAGGUGAAGGGCUGGGAUGACUGGCUUGCCAUACAAGGCAACCUAACCCCUCGUCUGGACGCCAUCUUGUCUAGCACAAAUAUGGGAGCGCUUUGGAAAAAUGCCUCUAGGCCAAGACCAGAAGAUGCUGACCUGAGAGAGUCUGUAUGGCGAGUUGAGAGCGAGUUCCUGUCUCGGGCCCUUUCUGUUGGCAUGGCGAUAAGACUCUUUGGCCUAGAUCCUUACUUCAAACCACUCACCAUCCAUCUAGCAGGAGCCGGCCUAAAUGAGACAAUGGGAGCCCGACUGACAGACUUUGAUGAACUGGACCGAAUGUUUCCUGGACACAAGGGUCUGGAGGUGGUGAUGGUGGGGCCAGAGGUGGUGGAUGGGCCAAUCAUGAGGCCCCCUCUGACGAAUUUUGGCCCCAAGACGAAGACCUUCAUCAGUGCCUACAAGGGCCUCUACCACCAGUUCUAUGAGGAUAUGGUGGAGACCGAGAAAGCAGCUAAGCCAGAUCUGGUGGUUGGAUUCCAUCCAGGGUUUCAUGCCACACAGGGUCUGGGAGAAGGCUGGCUGCCCAGCCUCCUCCUCCUCAGAGACUUCAACAUCCCCUCAUUCUUCACCAUGUUCAAUGAGAUGGAACUGAACUGUUCCCUGCAAAUUCUGUCAGAGUUGGAAAUGCAUAUCAAGGGCAGUGGCCCCAACCCCUUUUCAUCCCAGAAGCCAGAGCAGAUCCAGGCCUGUCCCAACAAACCACCUUCAUACUGCAACUCCCACUUCCUCUAUUUUCAGGGCCUACUGGAGCAAGAAGAGCUUGAGCAACCGGACAAUUCUAGAACUUAUUGGAAGGUUUAAAAAGUAUAAAAUGAAUACCCUCCAGUCUAGGGUUUGCCACAUUAGCAUCCUGUAUUGUUCAAAUGGAUGCUUUUAGUGUAUUAUGGUGUUGCUCUCCUUUGUAUCUCUUGUGUAUGAUGAAGCUAUAUACAUUUAUGGUGUCUGUGUGUCUAGUUUAGUUUUAAUGCUGAAUCAUUCACUUAGUUUGGUAAAGCCUACAUGUUAUGUGUGCACACAGUUGCACGCAGGCCGACCAACUGAAUAGUGAAACUGAAAACUCAUUUGGUUAAUAAAUACAAUAAAAAUAUGUUACACAAAUAA